AUGAAUUUUAGUUGCGAUGAACAGAAGAAACUGAAUGUGGACGAACCGAUCACGUUGACCAUCUCGCCAAAAAUCUGGAAUCUCCUUGAAACCAAAGCAGAUAUUAUCAACAAUGCUUUGAAAUCGAUCACUUUUCCAGAAUUCAGCGGAAGGAAAAGCUUGAUCAAGUAUCGCGUCUGGGAUGGAAAAAUCGAACACUUUACUGUACCCAAAACUGGAGUUUCUUUCCAAGAUAUGAACAAUGGAAUCCACUUAAGUAUGAAGAAUGUGCAAUUUCGUGUUAGUGUCAGAGGCAGGAUAGAGAUUGGUAAGAAAGUGUUUGGAAAAUGGGUGCGUAUAGCACGUAUGAGUGGAGAAAUUAAAGCAAAGUCUGAAAGUGCGGAACUGGACAUUAAAUUGACAUGGAAUGACUUCAGUUUCACUCCUACUGUAACAAUGAACUCAAAUGUUCGUGUUGAUUUUACCGACAAUCUAAGAAAAUUAAACUUUCUUAGAAGUGAAGUACAGAAAAGGGUCAGAUCUAUGGUGAACAGCAAAGUUCCAGAAAAGAUCGCUGAGGCAAUACAACGACAAGUGAAUCCGCGCCUACAAAAGCUUAAGCAAAAAAUGGCCGAAAAAGGUUAUAAGAAUUACGAUAUUGAGUGGAUAGUCCAGAAUAACAUACUACGAGUAGCUGUUAAGCCCAAAAGCGGAAGUGGAAAUGUUUCGCCUGUGAAACCUAUUGACAACAUGGUGUGCGUAAAUGCAAACAUAGUGGCAGUGUUCGAUGCGCUACCACGACGAAAAAGAGAGGCUACGGUAAGAUUUUUACCGGCUAAAUGGUAA